AAUUGACUUUAUCAUUUGGCGGGAUUGCAUGUUGUUAUAGAGGCACAUUUGGAAAGGCUUGACAACUUAUUCGGUGGCCUAGAGAAAACUAUUUUCUUCUAACUUUGUUCAAUGUCUGCAGUGGAAGUCCUGCAAGUAGAUGUUUUGAAUAAUCCUGGUUUCUUUGGAGACCCAUUUCGUUUUGAAAUAACUUAUGAAGUGAGAGAAGCCUUACAACAGGACAUUGAGUGGAAAGUAAUUUAUGUCAGUUGUGCUAAGGAUGAGAGCUUGGACCAAGUUUUGGAUGAAGUGCUACUUCCUGCAGAUACCGUGGGUCGCUUUCAGUUUACGUUAGAGGUAGCAGCACCCAAUCCAAACAAAAUUCCUGAUGACGAUUUGUUGGGUAUCACAGCCGUGUUGAUAACUUGUUCCUAUCGUGAUCAGGAGUUUAUUCGUAUUGGAUAUUAUUUGAAUAAUGAAUAUGAGGACGCAGAGAUGAACGAAAAUCCGCCUUGCCCUCCCCUUUUGGAACGUAUUCGACGCCAUAUAUUUGCCGAAGAACCUCGAGUUACUCAUUUUCUCCAUUCUUUUGAUUCCAAUGAUUCUUAUUUGGACGAAAACUCAUCACACUCGAUGGUUCAUAGUUAUAGCAAUCUAUUAGAUUCUGUAGAAGAAACCCAACAUAGCAAGUUGAAAAGUUCUGAUAUGCCUUCUCAACGAAUGAAUAUGUUUUGAACUUUUCGCAAUCAGCAGAAAUGUGCUUUGGCAUCAACUGAACGAACUAUAAACUCUUUGGGAAGAAAUCCUUCAGGAACAAAAUUCCUAACCGAUGGUUUUAUUUUAAUA